AAACACUUGCGAAAAAAAUUGCAUAGCAGAUUUCUUGUACAAAAUGGGAAAAUGUGUUUAAAGGUGAAUUCUAGCUCCCUUCGUCAAACAUUUAGAAAUUGGUAUAGUUGGAGGUAGCGUAAAUACAAACGGCAAUGACCUACAUAAACAUUGUGAUUAAAUGUGACGUCAUGUAAUGUUCAAUUUUUGUUGUUGUUGUCCGCUGUUUGGCGAUACCUCACUUUCGCCCACCACCUAAACGUUUUUUAAGUUGUUUGUACUAUUAAAACAGUCGUACUUUGAUAAAGGAAAAUUGUGAUGGAAAUCUCUUCUAUAGUGAUCCGUAGUUCAACUUUACCAGAAAAGUGAUGGAAUAUGAGAGUGAAAAUGUUGCAUUCUUUGAUUCAAAAGUCUAAAGUCCUUUUUGGCGUGAAAAAUGAAACCCCUGUUCUUGGAAAUGAAACAUGUUCUCAAGCUUUUGAAAACGCUGUGGAAGCCACAACCCAAAAUUGUCAGUCUUCAGUACUUGACGAAGAACAGUUAAAAGGGAACGAAGAGUUUAGAGAUACUAUAUAUGACCAUAUUAGGAACAUUCGGGACCCAGAGAAACCUGCUACAUUAGAAGAUCUCAAUGUUGUUUAUGAAGAUGGUGUAAUGGUUAGUGAUGACAUUUCUGUCUUGAAUGCCAUGAUAAAGCCUUCAACAGAAGAUGAUGUACGUGUUGUACGCAUUGAGUUCAACCCCACGGUUCCACAUUGUUCCUUGGCCACACUCAUAGGCCUCUGCAUACGAAUAAAACUAGAGAGAAAUCUUGUUGACAAAUUUAAAUUGGACAUAUUUAUUAAGAAGGGUACUCAUUCUACAGAAGAAGAGAUUAACAAGCAGAUAAAUGAUAAGGAAAGAAUAGCAGCUGCAAUGGAAAACCCAGAUUUGAGAGAUUUGGUUGAAGGGUGCAUCCAGGAGGGGGACUAGGUACAGUUUAUUGUAAAUAAAUAUUUAUUUUGACUAUGGAACUGUGUACCUUAAUAAUGCACAUGAAAUUAGUGUUACACUUAAACUUUAUAUAGAUAUAUGAAUGUAACAUUGGAUUGUAUCAUGGGAUAACUGAAUACACAUAACCUAUAUUCUGUUAUGUAAUUAGUUCUUGCUGACAAAGGUAUUUCAGUUGUUUAUAAUGAAGAAUAAUUCAUGUAACUGUUGAGUGUUUAAACUUAAUAUCAUUAGUACUAAUUUUGUAAUUUAAAUUCAUUUACAAGACAUUGUAUGCAUUGUUGACAGCACCUUUGUCUAAGGUAAGUUGUUAAAUAAUAAUUUAACAAAAGAA